AGUCGUCAUACUUGCUUUAAAAUGAAGAUAUUUAAAUGGACUUUGGGUGUACUGUUGUUCCUGCUGUUGUCUAUUGGGCGCUGUACAGAACAAUCAACGCCUAAUAAAACAUCCCAACGGAGGCACCCUCGUUCAGCAGAUGGUGGAGGGGAAGGGAAGAAAUGUGGUUACACAUUCUUGGUCCCAGAACAAAAAAUCACAGGGCCAAUUUGCGUGAAUACUAAUGGACCAGGUACUGGUAACAGAAAAGAUGAAGUCACAAGAAUGGACAUAGAAAACUUGAAGGAUGUGCUGUCCAAGCAAAAGCGGGAGAUUGACAUUUUGCAAUUGGUAGUGGAUGUGGAUGGAAACAUUGUGAAUGAAGUAAAAUUACUGAGGAAAGAAAGUCGUAACAUGAACUCUCGGGUCACCCAACUCUAUAUGCAACUCUUGCAUGAGAUAAUUCGAAAGCGUGAUAACUCACUUGAGCUUUCUCAACUGGAAAACAAAGUCCUUAAUGUUACCACAGAAAUGUUGAAGAUGGCAACAAAAUACAAGGAGCUUGAAGUAAAAUAUGCAGCACUAACUGAUCUUGUAAAUAAUCAGUCUGUGACUAUCUCACUGCUGGAAGAGCAGUGCUUGAGAAUCUUCUCGCGACAGGACACCCAUGGGUCUCCACCUCUUGUUCAAGUCGUGCCACAGCACAUUCCUAACAGCCAGCCAUAUACUCCUGUCCUUCUGGGAGGUAACGAGAUACAGCGAGACCCAGGUUACCCUAGAGACAGAGAUGUAAGGCCACCACCUGAUCCAGCUACUUCUCCUACAAAGACAUUCUUGCCAAGCUUGAAUGCUUACAGUAUUUCUUUUCAAAAAGGUCCAUUCAAAGACUGCCAACAAGCCAAGGAAGCUGGGCAUUCCAACAGUGGGAUUUAUAUGAUCAAACCUGAAAACAGUAAUGAGCCAAUGCAGCUAUGGUGCGAGAAUAGCCUGGACCCUGGAGGAUGGGCAGUUAUUCAGAAGAGGACAGAUGGAUCUGUCAACUUUUUCAGGAACUGGGACAGUUAUAAGAAAGGAUUUGGAAAUAUUGAUGGAGAGUACUGGCUGGGACUAGAAAAUAUUUACAUGCUUACCAAUCAGGACAAUUACAGACUAUUGAUUGAGUUAGAGGACUGGAGCAAUAAGAAAGUCUAUGCAGAGUACAGCAGUUUCCGUCUGGAGCCUGAAAGUGAAUUCUACAGGCUACGCUUAGGAACAUACCAAGGAAACGCAGGCGAUUCCAUGAUAUGGCACAACGGAAAGCAAUUUACAACACUGGACAGAGACAGGGAUAUGUAUUCAGGAAACUGUGCACAUUUUCACAAAGGUGGCUGGUGGUACAACGCAUGUGCCCACUCUAACCUUAAUGGGGUGUGGUACAGAGGAGGCCACUACAGGAGCAAGUAUCAGGAUGGAAUAUUUUGGGCUGAGUACCGGGGAGGUUCCUACUCCUUGAAAGCAGUUCAAAUGAUGAUCCGACCUAUAGACUGAGGAAGAAAAAUCACACAGUGCUCAAGUGAUCACAUAAUAAACUUCUCAGUGCCUGAGUUCCAGAGAAAUAAAAUAUUACUUCUUAACCAUUAUUUUGCACAAUCUGCCCCUGCAAAAAGCAGGUCUACAGUUUUCCUGUCUUUUUUUUCCGCCCUGUUGUGUUCCCCUCUCCUUUUUUUAGAAACCUUUUCUACUGUGACAGUGUUUUUUUAAACACACAUUCA